AUGAACGAUCUCAGCGUUGAAGUGGGACAUCCUAACGGUGCCUACUACAAAGCACAUGUUCAUGAUGUGGAUACAAUCGGUAUUGAUGUUAAAUAUGAUCAAGAUUUUCUCCCUCCAACAAAAGUUCCCUUUUCUGAUAAUCGCGUCCGACUACCGCCAGAACCAAGUGAUCUAAAAAAACUAGCACCUGGCGAUGCAUGUGAAGUUCUCGCAAAAGCCAAAGAGGACGAACCACUCGGCUGGUGGCCGGCAACUGCAAAAAUGUUCAGAGGCGAAUUUUUUGUUGUUGAUUAUAAAGGCAGUGCUCAAGGCUCCGUUUAUUCGGACAUCGUACCGAGUGAUAGAAUUCGCUAUCCAAAUACAAAUCCACCGAUCACUUAUUCAAUGUUUAAACGGAUAGAACUACCUGUUCCUAAAGAGAGUCAAGAAGCAUGUAAUAAUCCAGCAAAUCACAAAGAUUUCAAGAGAACAUCGGGUGCUGCAGUUGUUCGAUAUGAUAAAGCAAAAGAAUGUCUUGUUGUUAUCUCUGACAAUGACAGUACACUUCGCCGUGCUCAAAUAUUAUCCGAAAUGCAUUUUCGAAAUUUACGUUCAAAAGCCAAACUUGUUCAAGAAACAGAAAAAGUUUCGAAACAACUUGAACGAAUCAAGGUCAAUCAAACAUCCAAAUUUUUCGAAAAAUUCACUGUCAAAACUGAGCUAAUGGGUCUUGCUAUUGGUUCACAUGGAUCAAACAUUGCUAAAGCACGCGAAGUACCUGGCGUCACAGCUAUUGAAGUUGAGGAUGAAACUUGUACGAUUAAAGUGUUUGGUGAUACAGACAAAGCUGUAAAAGAAGCGCGUAGUAUACUCGAGUAUACUGAAGAUUCUGUGUCAAUUCCGCGAGAACUAAUAGGCAAAGUUAUUGGUAAAAAAGGUCAUAUCAUUCAAGAAAUAGUGGAUAGAAGCGGAGUAGUGCGUGUUAAAAUUGAAGGAGAUAAUGAACAACCAACAGCACAUGAUGAAAGCAAUUAUCCUAGUCAAGUGCCAUUUAUCUUUGUCGGCACAGCGGAAAGCAUCGCCAAUGCAAAAGUUUUACUCGAAUACCAUUUAGCUUCUCUAAAAGAAUUCGACGAAUUACAAGAAAAGAAGAUCCAAGUGAAUGAACAAUUUCGUACAAUCGUUGGUCCACAGCAAGGCACUUCGAUGAGCAUAACUACGGGAAUGGGCUACCAAGGCAGUCGACCGCAACGUUAUGAGUCCGAUCGAAUGAGUAAUUCUGGUAGUACACGCAGUUUUCGUGAUACUAAUUAUCAGCAGCAACCCUAUCCUCAACAACAACAACAACAGCGUGGUGAUAAUUAUAACAAUCAACAAUCUCGUCGAUCAAAUAACUUCGGCGGAGGUAGUGCUAAUCGCGGACGUCGUGGUGCUGGUGGUAAUUUAUAUCGUGGUGGCACACAAAGUGAUGCCGGUACUGGUGACGAAGCUAGUGAGUGUGGCGAUGCAGCAUCGUCAACGGUUGGUACCGGUCGAAAAUUUCGCGACUGGGCAGCACAGGUCGAAAGUGAACAACAACAAGAGGCUGGCUACAGCACUGACAGUAUGAUACAUUCAGCUACGCUACCCAGAGGUGCUGGUGGACGAGGUGGCCGACGCGGCUGGCAACGUGGUCGACCACCACUACCUAACCGCCAAGGUUAUAAUGAUCGUCGUCGAAACAAUGACGCUGAAAGCACAACCUAUGAUGUUCAGGAAGCCAAUGAAGGUCAACAACAGUAUAAUGAUCAGUAUUCAACGCAACGCUAUCGAUAUGGUAAUUCUCGUGGCAAUCGUGGUGGUAACAAUUAUCGCUAUAAUAACAAUAAUAUGAAUAAUAACCAACAUGAAUAUUACGAAGAGAAUUACGGUAUUGGUGGACAAUCGCACCAGAUGUCAUCAAAGAAAUCUCAACAAACAUCAUCCAACAAUGGAACGGAGUCCAACGAUGUGUCCACGUCCGACUCGAUAAAUGGUGGCGCACCUAAAGAGCAACGGCCACCCAAACAACAUACCAAUGGUGUCAAAUAA